AUGCAGCAGAAAAUUUUGAAGCAUACUAAUUACAGUGAACCUUCCAUCUUGAAAUGUAGAGGCCCUCAGGGAGGUUGUGAUGAGGUUGAGAGCAUCAAGAAGCGCGAGGAGGUCAGCGUCCAGGUCCAGGAAUGUGGUCUUCUCGGGUUCGGGCGGCAGGUCGGACAGCCCAAACCCUCUGUAUUCGGGCGCAAUCGCUCUGUACCCGGAUCCGGCGACGGCGAUCAUCUGAUGCCGCCACGAGUACCAGGUUUCCGGGAAUCCGUGGAGGAACACCACCGCCGGCGACGACUCGCUACCGAUCUCCGCCACGUGGAGCUUCAGGCCGUUGACUGGUACGUACUUGUGCUCUAUCUUCUCCAUUUUCAGCUCUCGCGAUAA